UUAAUACUAGGCGCUAUCUACCCAUCACAGUCGCACGUUUAAUUUCAUAUACCUGCAGUGAAAUAUAUUUAGACUUGAAUCAGACGAUUUCUUUUAAAAUAGAAAUGUUAACUUGCGGAUCUACUAUGUUUUAUUAGGUAGCUUUAGGUAGAAAUAGUCCGUAUUUGUUUUGAUGUAUCCGUAAAUUACUGUGUUAAGUAAUACCCAAAAGAAAAACGUUCCAUGCUUAAUCUUUAACUGGGUGGCCGCCCUCUUGAGCGAUGAAGUGGUCCUGCUGUUGGCCUGUGCUGCUCUGGCUGUCCCUGACGAGUGGCUUCCUUCAUACAACUGAGGAUGACAGCACUCCUGAUGACUGGGUCCUGCUCCACGUGGUGCAGGGGCACAUUGGCUCUGGGAACUACAGCUACCUCCGGCUGAACCACGAUGGCCGAAUUGUCCUGCGCCUCCUGAGCCUCAGGGGGGAUGCUGACAUCUACGUGUCUGAUAAGACACUGCGACCCAGCUUCGACACGUACAAACUACAGUCAACCACAUGCGGCCCAGACAUGGUCGUGGUGCCCCUGGACUUUGCACGGCCAGUUGGCAUUGGUAUUUACGGGCAUCCGUCACAUCAGGAGAGUGAGUUUGAAAUGAAGGUCUUUUAUGACCAAGUUGUCCCAGAGGACCCAUUUGACAAAGGCUCUUAUUUCUCAGAAGAGGUGAACAAACAGGAGAAGAACAUUCAUGUCCCAGAGGAUGGCUUCCAGGAGGAGGAGUCAAUCCUCUGGACUAUUCUGAUUGGUAUUCUUAAAAUAAUACUUGAAAUCCUUUUUUGAAGGCCCGUCUGUGGAUGUUCUCACCUACCAGAUCAGCAAUACUGUGAAAUUACCAACGUGCAAGUAAACUAAACACAGCUGUGCACUAUGUUCACCAGCAGCAGACAUUUAAAAGAGCAAAAACGCCUCUGUAGAAAUGAGAUGAGAAGGACCUUUUGCAUUGCAUAUAUUUUCUUAAAUGAGACUUUCCAGUGAAGAAAUUCAACAGGUGAUUGGUGCCAGAGUUUGGUCCUUCUGCCAUAUAAACCAUCUGACUUGACAAUCUCUGUGUUAGCUGAAGAUUAAAUCAGGUUAUCCAUGGUAUGGUUGCAAAAACCUUAUUUCCUAACAGAAUAUCACUUCCACUGCCAUCACUGGUCUUGUCAGGUUUUUAUUCUUUGAAUGAUACAAUGCAGAAUUCAGUGUGUCAUCAGUAUUUUGGAGGAUGAACACAACAGAGUGCCUUCUAACAUCAAUAUUCAUGGUGAAUGAACAUUAUUCAUAAUUUAGGGUUAGGGUUGCCAACAAAGACACAGGCUGAUCACUUGAAACAUGAGUUUUUGGUAAACAGUGCUUGUUGUCGUUUGUGGAAGUGCAAAUUGCAUAACCUAACAUUAAAAACUGAAUAGAGUGGCUUUGGGCCACAGCCAUGAGAACAGUGAUUGACAGGAACAGAAGUGCCGGUGUAUUGGGGGCAAGACCUGUCAGUCUGAGAAUUGCCUUGAGCAAAACUCUUAAUGCAGAUUGUUGGAAACUUUUUGUUUUUGUAAAACUGUCCUUAUAAUGGGUAGUGUUGAUUUGAAUGUUAACAGUGAGGCUUAAAAAGGUUAAAUUUGGCUGUUAUCAUUAAUUCAAGUUCUAAUGUUGGUGAGGGUAUGGGCGGGGGGGGG